UCCCUGCUAAGUUGUGGGGUAAAUGAACUGCCAAUUGGCUUUUUGAGGACGAAAAAAAAGAUCGAAGUUGGAAAAAACAUUUAAAAAGAGUAAUAGGAAAAAAGUGGAAUUACACGGAAGAAAGCACCAAGAAGGGCAUGUAAUGGGUGUGCCGCCACGUAAGCUCCUCACCUUUCCCUUUCUUCAAUAAAAAGAGGAAAUAUUUGAAUCAAAUUCCAUUAACACAACCCCAGCCUUGCCAGUUGCCUUGCCACCACCACCGCUCUUCGGUUAUCGCGGCAGCUUCGACUCACUCUGGAGUUCAGGAUUUCCUCUUCUCUUCUGACCAUAGGUCUUCUUUGGUGAGGAAACAGCGGUGCAGACACGUUAAUCUGAUUGUGCUGAGAAUUCUAGUAGCAAACAUGUCAGGUGGCGAGGGCAGACAACUUUCAGAUAAUGAUAUACAAGUGAUAUAUCCUAUUUCAGGUGCAAAAUCGUAUAGAACAAUGUCUCCGACUUUACAUGUGCAAAAAGGAUGUAAUAAAUACCCUCAUUAUCCAGGACAACAUCGAUCCCCAAUUUACUGAGCUCGUUUGGCAGAGGCUUGAAGAAGAAAAUCAAGAAUUUUUCAAGGCUUAUUAUCUCAAAUUGUUGGUCAAAGACCAAAUAAUGGAAUUCAACAGGCUGCUUUCAGAACAGGUGGAGCUGAUGCGUCGUAUUGGAUUUAGCGGGAUUUCUCCUAUGCUCACAUCGAACGGGAUGCAUGUUUCGCCAACACAGCACAUAUCCAUAUCUGCUCCACAGAACAUCAGACCUCUGAAGACAGAAAACAUCCAGCAGGAGAGUGUAUUUAACAAUUGUGGAUCGGUUAUCCAGCCAUGUGUGCCGGUAACUGUUGAUGGAUCUGUUCAUAACAGAAAACUUGAUGUUCCUCCAAACUUGUUCAUGCCGCAAAACACAAGUGUGGAAUUAGCUCGAACUACAAAUGAGAAAGUUGUCAAGACAGAAGCUGGUUAUACUGGCUGUACGCCUUUCGAUUUCAGUCCACCUGGAAAUUAUUUGGAUUCCCGCCCCCUGAUGUGUGAUGCCUCUGUGUCAUCUUUCAGUAGUGUAGAUUCUAAUGCACAGCAUCUGAAUGGCACACUCCUGGAUGCUGACACUUCCUCCUUUGGGUUUUUGGAGCAAAUUCCUCCAAGUUUCAAUCUCCCUGAGAUGCCAACUGAUUUCGCCACUAGUUCUGAUUUGCUGGAGAGUUAUUGUAGGGCUCCCUUCCUAACACCAGAUGCUGCCACAUUUGCAGAUCCCCGUGGUGAUGUUGAAAGGCUGGACCCUGAAUCUGAAAGUUUGAGAUUUUAAUGUUUUGGCGGCCACCAUUAAGAAUCAUCCUGUUGGUUCAGCCAGACUUUAGUAGGAUGGAGAGAGAGAGAAGUACUUGUAUAUUUCAGACAUUGCAAUGGAGGAGGUUUCUCUGAUGAUGUUAGAGCCAACAUGAGCUCUUCUUCUUCUUCUUUGGGUGUUUUCUUGCGGUUUUUUUAGGUUGACCUUGUAAGUAAUUAUGGAAGUUCUGCUUUGCUUUCUGUGUAUGAUGCUGCAAUUAAGGAAGGCUGUGUAUGUGUACAUUUUUAUACAUACAACAACAAUACACAAGUCAUGUUUUGUCUUAUU